AGACGCUCCAACACUCCGGUCCGAACUCCCCUCACAAAGCCCGACAUUAUAUCUGUCAGAGAGGAGGGAUGCAUGGACGAACCCGGCGAUAAUGGCCGUGAUUUGCCGCGAUUUAUGGCCAUGAAGGAUUCUAGAAGCUUAGCGGACCUCCAAUUACCAAAGCUGAUGAGCUGGAUUGUUUGCUAGAGAAACAUCGGGGACAGGGGAAGGGGAGUGCAUGUUACUCGGCGGGCUUCAUUUCGCCGAUGCCGGAGAGCUGGAGUUGGAUGACAUGAUGCUGCAGAGCCCGCUCACCUCCACGCCGUUUUCCGUCAAGGAUAUCCUCAAGCUGGAGCAGCAGCAGCAGCAGCAGUCCGGCUCCCUGGAGCUCCCGCACCGCGUCCACAGCCAGCAGCACUUGACUCGCUCUCCUUCCCAGCAGCAGCAGCAUUUCCAAAGCGCACCGUCCUGCAUGCUGGCCGGGCCUCGGGACAGCCCGUCCUUCUCCGACGGAGAGGACAACUUGGUUUACCUCAGCGCGCUGGCAGUGCGCGACGAGGAGCGCGGGGACCCGAGCCUCUCCCCGAGCAUGUACGUCCAUCCCGGGCUGCAGGGAGCCAAGCUGGAGGCCGCAGAGCUGGAGGCGCAGGAGGGCAAGAACUGCGGGUUGGUGUCCCGGGAAGAGGCAGCGGAGAGCGGGCUAGGUGAGUCAGAGAGGCCGGUGCAGAAGCAGAGAAGCCGGCGGAGACCCCGGGUGCUCUUCUCCCAGGCGCAGGUCUUCGAGUUGGAGCGACGCUUCAAGCAGCAGCGCUACCUGUCCGCCCCCGAAAGGGAGCACCUUGCGACCACCCUGAAGCUCACGUCCAACCAGGUGAAGAUCUGGUUCCAGAACCGCCGCUACAAAUGCAAGCGCCAGCGGCAGGACAAGUCUCUGGAAGCGGCCGGGCAACAGCACCACCCGCCUCCGCCGCGGCGCGUCGCCGUGCCGGUGCUGGUCAGAGACGGAAAGCCGUGCCUUGGCGGUGCGCAAAGCUAUGCAGCCGCUGCUGCGCCCUACGGCUCCAACCCGUACAGCUAUAACGGAUACCCGGCCUACACUUACAGCAGCCCGGCUUACAACAGCAACUACAGCUGCUCAUAUACCAGCAUCCCCGCCCUGCCGCCGUCCAACACCCCAAACGCCUUCAUGAACAUGAACUUGGGAAACGUGAGCGGCCUCAGUGGCUCCUCGCAGGCCCAAACACAUCAAGGGACCGCGGUUACAUCCUGUCAGGGCUCCCUGCAGGGGAUCCGUGCCUGGUAGCCUCCCCAGACCACAAGUGUCCUUUUUUUUUAUCAAACUUUAUCUUUUUUUUUUCAUAAAAUCUUUAAUUUUUUUAUCAACUCAUUUGGUGCAAAAUGCCUAAACGGCAGUAUUAACUGCAGAUGCGUGUGGAUUCACCUGUACGGUUAAAAUAAGGAAAGUUUCCGUGAAAGCUGAAUGUCACUGCAAGGUAGAAAUUCUCAUUUUUGGUCCAGGAAUGUGUGCCCCUCUUUAGCGCUGCAAGACUUAGGCGCAGAGGGAAACAUGCGCACGCACCUUGCGUUCGCUUAUCAGAACCCCGAACAGAUUUUUAAAUAUUUGGUAUUAAAGUUGAACUUUUUUAGAGACGGAAAGUGUUUUGGUUCAACAGAGAAUUGUUAGUCUAUUCACAUUUAUUCAAAUAAAAUAUUAAAGAGUC